AUGGAGUCAUACCAGCUUCUACAUCUUCCUCCCGAGUUAUCCCACAUCCACAUCGCUCUGUAUACUAAUGUUUCAAAUUCUGCUGUCUUGAAAAAGCGCCUCAUCGCUGCCGCAUCAGCCGAGGGCGAGGAAGGAGAGCGUGAACGCGACGCCGUUAAUUUUGCUUUCAUCGAUGCGCGAUUGGUGAGACAGAUAACUAGUCUUCGAUUGCUCAAGACCGCCAUUUAUAGUGCAACUUUGGCUGCCUCGCAAGAGAGGCUGCUCACUAAAACGGUCCAUUCCGAGAUUCUAUGGACGCUCAAUCCAACAAACAACAUUUCCGAAGCAAUUCGUCGUUAUGGCGUGUCUGAAACAAGCACUUCGCUAGUCCUAGUCCGCGUUGCUGGGCCCGAACUGUCUCGUUCAGAACUGCAACUAGCAAUGGGUGCAUCAAUAGAAGGCACGGUAAUACCGUUGGAAAGGCUCGGUAGUCUGACAGACUGGACCGCAGUGAAGAAGUAUCACAAAUUGGGUAACGAGACAGCUUUGCGAGGUGCGACGGGACUCGAAGAGAGGGAGCACAUAAUCAUCGACGAGAUAGUGAUUAGUUCAGCAGCCAUGAAGAGUGUACAAGCAUGA